AUGGCGGGCGCGGCGGCGGCGCGGCUCCGGGCCGAGAUCCGCCGGCGGGAGCGGGAGCUGCGCGGGCUGCGGGAGCGGCUGGCGGCCGAGCUGGCGCGGGGGGACACGGCCGAGCUGGAGGAGGACGGAGAGCAGGAGCAGGAGGAGGGAGCGUGCGGGCUGCGGCAGCCCCCGGCGGCCGAGCUGGCGCGGGGGGACGCGGGGCACGCCGAGGAUGAGCGCGGAGCGCGCGGGCUGCGGGAGCGGCCGGCGGCCGAGCUGGCGCGGGGGGACUCGGGGGAUGCGGACGAGGAGGAUGAGGACGGUGACGAGGAGGAGCAGGAGGGAGCCCUGGGCUUCCCCGCGGAGCUGCCGCCGCUGCCGGCGCGGGCGGCGCUGAGCGCGGCCGAGAUCCUGCGCUACAGCCGGCAGCUGGUGCUGCCCGAGCUGGGCGUGCGGGGGCAGCUGCGCCUGGCGCGGAGCUCCGUGCUGGUGGUGGGCUGCGGCGGGCUGGGCUGCCCGCUGGCGCAGUACCUGGCGGCGGCCGGCGUGGGCCGCCUGGGGCUGGUGGAUCACGACGUGGUGGAGACCAGCAACCUGCAGCGGCAGGUGCUGCACGGCGAGGCGCGCUGCGGGCGGCCCAAGGCGCGCUCGGCGGCCGCGGCGCUGCGGCGGCUCAACUCGGCCGUGCAGUACGUGCCGUACCGCGGGGCGCUGCGGCCGCGCUCCGCGCUGCGCCUCGUGCGACAGUACGACAUCGUGGCCGACUGCUCCGACAACGUCCCCACCCGCUACCUGGUGAGCGAUGCCUGCGUGCUGGCCGGCAAGCCGCUGGUGUCCGGCAGCGCGCUGCGCCUCGAGGGGCAGCUGGUGGUGUACAACCACGGCGGCGGGCCCUGCUACCGCUGCCUGUUCCCCGAGCCGCCCCCGCCCGACACCGUCACCAACUGUGCCGACGGCGGCGUGCUGGGCGUCGUCACCGGCAUCAUCGGCUGCCUGCAGGCGCUGGAGGUGCUGAAGAUCGCCUCGGGGAUGGGCUCCUCCUUCCACCGCUACAUGCUGGUGUUCGAUGCGCUGGAGGGCAGGUUCCGCAACAUCAAGCUGCGCCCGCGGAAAGCGGACUGCGCGGUGUGCGGGGAGCAGCCCAGCAUCACCUGCCUGCAGGAUUACGAGGCGUUCUGCGGCUCCUCCGCCACGGACAAGUGCCGGGCCGUGCGGCUGCUGCCCGCCGCCGACAGGAUCUCGGUGCAGCAGUACAAGGAGCUGCUGGACGGGCGCGUCCCGCACCUGCUGCUGGACGUGCGGCCGCAGGUGGAGGCGGACAUCUGCCGCCUGCAGCACGCCCUGCACAUCCCGCUCCGCAAGCUGCAGGACAGAGACCCGCCGUCCCUGCAGCUUCUGCAGAACAGCAUCUGCCAGGAAAAGCGGAGAACUGACGGCCAAAGCGCUCUCCCCGUGUAUGUUGUUUGCAAGUUAGGAAAUGAUUCCCAGAAGGCUGUAAAAAUUCUGCAGGAGUUGCCUGCCGAAGAAUUUGGUUCUGUGUUAGCUAAGGAUAUUAAAGGGGGGCUCAUGGCUUGGGCCACUAAAAUUGACUCAUCGUUUCCUCAGUACUAG